AUGAAGGCUCAUUCAGACGAAGAGCAUCCCAAAUUGGCUCGGACUGCCAAUGGUGUGGAAGUAGCCUACGAAUAUCCUCAAAGCCAACAACCGCAGCGCAGCAGCGGUAGCGGUAGCAAUAGCAGAAACAAAACGACGAGCAACGGCGUCCUCAAAAAGGGCAGCAGUGGCAGCGGCAGCGGACCCGUGGACAUUGACGCCUUGGAUGAUUUGUUCCGUCAUUUCAAUGACCGACCAGACGACGACGAUGACAAUUCCUUCUUUGGUUCGGAAGAAGACUACGAUUCCGACGAAGACUCGGAUGAAGAGAAGAAGAGGCUCUACUUUCAAAAUCCUAAUGCCGAAUUGCUCGAUAAGGAUGCUACCAACAUUCCUGGUAGUCCCUGGGCCAAACCAGCCACACGCAAGUCUAACCGUCCCUCAGAGCCUCUCCCCAUUGCCAAGUAUGCUUCCACUAUUGCCUUUGUCAUGGCGUUUGGUUGGGUCAUCUUUCUCCUUGUCAUGGCGAUUUGGAAUCACGACAAUUAUUAUCAAGAUGUUCAUCCCUGCCAAAGCAUUCAAAUCAAACACAAAGUACUUCUCCAUGAUCCCCGAAUCCAAACAGCCAGGAGAUCCAUGGCUGAUGUUACUAUCCAAAUUCCGUGUACAAAGAGUCGCUCAAGAGUUCUCAUGCCCACCUUGAAGAGCUGCAUGAAGGCACGCGAUCAUUACAUCUCUCAUACCCAAGCCAGUUGUAACAUUGUGGUCUGUGACGACGGAAUCAUGAAUUAUUUGAAUGACAACUUUCCGGCCGCCGAAAUGCUCUGGGAAAAUGUGGUGGAAACCAAGGGCAAGGUGGUCCGUCUCAGUCAAAUCCUCAAGCGCAUCCCUCGGGUCGCUCGUCGCCAUCUCAAGGGACUCAGGAGCAAGAAUAUUUACGAAGUGUUUCACCGCAUGUUAUUUUACUACCAUUUUCAGAUUGGUUGGGUAUCCAGAUCCACUAUUGAUCGUCGAGGAAAGUUCAAAAAGGCAUCCAACUUGAACACACACUUGCGGCUUAGCUUUGGUGCCGAAGAUCUCUUGUCCCGGUCUGGUGGAAAAAGAACUUUUGAAGACUGCCUGUUGGAGGUUUCCCACAGUGACGAUGGAGCCAGGUACAUUAUGUUUGGAAACAAUGUGCGUAUUGGACAUUUGAUCUGUGUCAAUGAUGCCGAUGCCCGCAUGCAACCUCCUGUCAUUCUCAAGACGGUCCCAGAGUUCAUCAAUGAUCAACGCCUGGGAUUUACCCAGCAUGCCACCAAGACAUUGAAUGAUCAACGUGGUGAAUCGUUCUACUUGAAUAUGAUUGAGGCCUACACUGAUGCUCUCUACCAAGUGCACUUCCUUCUGUCUUCCAUCCUUGGUUGUCAUCCUCCUCUGGUCGGUCACUCUAUCUUUCUGCGAACCGAAGCCGUCAAGCAGUGUGGUCGAAUGCGCAACUUGAGGAAUGCCCAACGGUGGCUCAAGAACAUUGGGUUGCCGUUCUUGUCAGUGGAUCAAGUUGGUUUCAAGAACUUGCAUGGCGGAUUGCGUUCCGAAUACUGGUCCGAAUGUCAUGUAUCAGAAGACUUCGAACUCAUGAUCCAUCUCUACAACAUCGGAUACAAUGGACGGUACAUUGCCUACCCUGGUUGUGAAUUCCAAGAGGGUGUCACACGAACCUUUGAUGAAGAAGCUGGACGCCACCGCAAGUUUGCUCUCGGUGCUCAUGAACUCAUGUUCAAUCCCUUCCAAGAAAUGCUCGGUCACGGCAUCUUUACUCCUCUCUUCCGAACCUUCCUCACUUGUGAUAUUCCCAGUUACUACAAGAUUUUCUUGACAGCAUACCUUUUCUCCUAUACUGCCGGUGGUACCUACUUGAUUGUCUUUGCAAUUUCCGCAGUAGCGAGAAUCCUUGAUGCCGGAGGUGACAUCAACACUCUCUAUGCCUUUUCUCCGGCGGGCAUCAUUGUGUUGAAUGUUGUGGUGUACUACGUGAUCGGUUACUCCUGCUUCCUCAUUUCCAUGCUGAGGAUGCAUUUUAUCAACAGGAACCUGUUCUUCACCGAGUACGCCAAGCGGGGCAAGCUGUACCUCAUCUGGAAGAUGACCCGCUACGCUCUCUUUUUCCAAAUCUUCUUCUACUCCGCCAUGGGUAACUACUUUUUCUUGGGGUCGAUGGAUCACCUAUUGUCUAGGCCCAACAUCUGUGGUGCUACCAACAAGGACUCGAUCACCGUCAGCCGUUGCAUUGCUUUAUGGGAAACGGCCAAGUUCAAUGCCGGCAGCUGGGGCAUUUCCUUGUUUGCGCUUUUGUUGGCCUAUGCCACUGUCAUUCAGGAGUACGAUUGGGAUGUCACCCACAUGCCUGAGUGGUCGACUUGGGACGACCCCGAGUCUCCUUUGUUUGACAUUCUGUUGUUUGCCGCUCCAGCGGCUUUCUUUGCCCUUUUGACCUACAUUGUGCCUAUCCUUAUGAAUCCGUUCAUCCUCGGGUGGCCAUUCUACCGAAAGCCCAGGCAGACCAAGCCAAAGCCCAAGAAGAGCGAUUCCCGACGAUUCAAGGCUCCGAGGGACGCUGAAAUCGGAACCAACACUGUCAGCGUGGACACGUUCAUGCAAACGGAGGCACAGUUGCAUCGCGAGAUUGAAAGGAAUCAAGCGCGUCCCGACAUGGAGCUGGGCUCGUUGGCCACCAAUGACCUGACGCGCUCCCAUCCUUCCGAUAAGCACAGCAAGAGAAGCCUCAUGAUGGGUGCGGAAAGGAAUAUGGGCGAUGCCUACAAUGUCCCUGGCACUUACAACCUCGGUGGACAACGCAUCAUUGAUCGUACCGCCCGAGAUCAACCUCGUCCUUACCAUCAACACCAGACUAGAACCAAGCACAACUCUCCCAAGUCAGCAAGUGCACCGAAAAGGCCCAGCAAUGCUGGGUUCGCGAUCUAG